AUUACGAGUGGCGCUGUUCCGGUGGUUGCGGACUUUCGCAGCUGCGUCGUGCUCGCCAGAGUCCGUCGUCGUUGGCGCAGCGUCGGUGCACCAGAUAACCUGCCGCAGCACGACUGCGGCAGCGCAUCUGCGGAGAGGCCUAACGAGCCCCUCCUCCCCGACCGCUGUCGUCAUUUGGAAGCGCAUCUGUUCCCCUUCCUGCCUAUGCCUGGCCGCGAGCCGUGCAGCAGCCAGUCGGCCGCAGACGGUCCGCCGACGACGCGAGCCCAUGCCACGACCUGCCGCCGCCCUCGCGGGCGCCUUCUCGGGACUCCUGGUCCUGCUGCUGAUGCACGCCCUCGCGGACACCGCGACCGGAGCGAUCUCCUUGUCCAAGGCCGAGGUCGACGAGUUCUUGAAGCAAUACAAAGACGACGAACGUAAAGUUUGCCCGAGCGCCGGCACGGAGCAGCAUCGCUCCAGGAGAGUGGUCGGAGGGCGCGACGCUGGUGAGCCUAUCCCAUUCAUGGCCAGCCUGCAGAAGAACGUGACCGGGUUGUCCAAGCCGUUCCCGUUCUGCGGCGCCAGCAUGCUGACCGAGAAGCACCUCGUCACCGCAGCUCACUGCCUCAAAAAUAAAACGGCGUCCAUGCUGUCGGUGAACGUGGGCGACUACAACCUGUCAUCGAGCGACGACGCCCAAAAUAUAGUGCGUAACGUGCUGAGCUUCAUACAGCACGAGGAAUACAUCAUUUCUACGUACGACAACGACAUAGCCCUGCUUACUCUCGUGGAGCCGAUCCCGUGGGAGUCUCUCACUACGGUAGCCCUCCCUCCGGUCAACUCGGAUCUGGCUCAAGACACCACGGUCUGCGUCAUGGGCUGGGGAAGGCUCCAGUACGAGGGCGCCAAGCCGACCACCCUGCAGAAGCUGUGCAUGCCCUCAGUCAACAGGACCGAGUGCCAGCGGCCACUUACGCACAAAGUGAACGAGAACAUGAUUUGCGCCGGCGGCCGGGAGGGCCAGGAUGCAUGCGUGGGUGACUCCGGAGGCCCCCUGAUGGUGCAAGUGGAAAACUACGAUGCGAUCUGCGGAAUCGUGUCUUUCGGAAAGAAAUGUGCCCUCAAGGACGUGUACGGCGUUUAUACGCGGGUCGGCCUCUUCGUUCCCUGGCUGUACGCGAAUACUCGAGACGCCAAGUGCAAGCCGUACGUCAGCGACGGAGAAAACUACCCCGACCUCAACGAUGGCACCACCAAGCCUGCUCUGCCGGAGCCGGUCCCUGACAACCACAUCUAGACCGCGUCUCACAGCGUCUCGUAUAAGCGAUUUGCAGAGUUUACUUGAAAAGUGCGUUUAUGGUAAGUGUCCUGGCACUCAUAUGUGCAGCAGCUUUUCUCUUGCACUGCACAACUACAGUACAGCUGUAGCUUGUUGCGAAAAACAAAAACAAAAAAAAAACAGUGGAGUGAGCGUAGUGGUACCCUAAAAAAUGCUGUGGAAUUAUACCUCUGCGCGAAGUUUGAGCGCUCAAGGCACUGCAUAAGACGCACUUUUCAGGAUAAAUACGGCAGCUUUUGCAAAGCCCGUGCACGUAUGAGAAGCUGCUCUUGGGGGUUCACUCACACCUGCGGUUUAAAACGUGUGGUUCAGCCCGAGUGGCGCGGACACACCGUAACAAAUGGACGUGCAGCUUGCGUGUCCUCUUUCGGCUAGUGAGAACGCCGCUUUGAGUGUCCCCCUUCCCUUUCCAAGGUAAAUUCUGGUGAUGUGUCUGGAUAUGUUUACGAACGCGGCAGCUUGAUUUGUUUAGGGAGGCGAUUAUGACCACAGCAAUGUGCACAAGCGCAUGAACAUUUUCUUUACCAGCGUAAACGUUAUUGAGUGCACACCAAGCUUACGACAGAAGCUUAUUGGUAUUUCCAAUACAGCCAAUCAAUGACGACGCGUGCCGAAACAGGAAAGAACAAAAUUUUCCAGUGCGAUUGCGCUAAUUCACUUUUUAGUGCAGCCGGAACAUGUAGCUGCGUGCCGAGAACGCAGCAGACGCCACGCACUCCGAGGUUCUCUUGCCAAAGCUUUUGCAAAGAAUUGCGAGAGAAAGCAGUGAAGCUGUUGGCUUCACCAUCGUUGCCAGCGUUAGAAUGGCUUCGUUUUCGCCCUCAACUGGCGGCGAAUGUGGCACGUUGGCGCCCCGUCCAAUUGCCGAACGGUCUCUCCCGCGUUUAAAAAGUUUCAACAACGCGUCCGAAUGACAAGGCAGAACCGAUGUCGCUCAAAAUUAAUGCGUGCCAAAGAUAACGGUGAUAAUGUGUAAGAGAAACUCGUUCUUUUAAUACACAUCUCACAUCUAGUCAACUAAAUGGCCCCGGCUGUAUUCCACAGCGACCGGUACGGGGCAGUCGUUGAGGGCUGGUGCAUGCUUACGCGACACCGAAUGCUCCUUGCAAAAUACCUAUUUACUCCACUACAAAUGUUCGAGUUUUCUUAUAUUGUUGUACCUUAUAAAUGCAUGACGAUUUACUCGAGAACCAUUUGCUACUGUCGUGAAACACAAAUGUAUAUGUCAAAAUAUAGUGAGCAUCGAAUUAAGAAAAAAAUGAAACAUACUUUUAUUCUCUUCUCUAUCCCUCUCCAGCUGAACAAAGAGUGUGCAGAAUGUUUUUUUUUUUUUUUUUUAGGCGCAUGACAACCUUGCGAAUAGUUUAGAAGCGUGUAGGACGUGAUUAUUGUGAAAAGGAAAUGGACAGGAUUUUGUGGAACUGGCUGUGCAAUGCCCGCGAAAUCGCGAGCGAAUUUUCAACUUGCAAAGGGCACACAAAUACACCGGCUUUCUCCUCAAUUGAUGUGGUGCGCUUAAACUGACCGAUUUUCGCCGCACGACCUCACUCCGUGCUCUGGAUAUCGCGGCUGUUCCUUUGCCGUGCAGCUGCAAUAAAAUCGGGCUGCUCCUGGCACACCCAAGAUAGGCGGAAGCGCGAAUGAGUGCGCCAGCAUGCACCCGGCAUCGUGUGCUAACAGGAGCAACUGAGGAAAUGGGCCAAUAUAGGCGCACGCAUACGCCGUGCCUUGAAAUAGCAGCUUUAGGAUCUAGGCUAGCACCGCGGUGACAGAGUAUUUGCCGGUGUUACAGAGCAACACAUACCGUUUAGAUCUCAAGCACAAAUAUGUCAGUUGUGCCGUUCAGUAAACAUAGAACUAAUCGCCAACACAUGGGACGAAGAAAGAAUUUCCCGACGCGAAAACUGUAAUGACGUAACACCGGGAAUAGGGGUGCUAUCUUGGAGACUUGUGCCGCCUUAUUUGGUUGAGCUCCACAUAACUCGGACCUCGUUUUUUUGUUUGUCGAGCCGGCAACAAUGACUAUAGCAGAUACCCAGGUGGUAACUCGGCAGUCCGUGCUGCCUUGCUAUAUAACACUCGUCGAGAACCGGGGCAUUACGAUUAUUCAGGACAUUAUUUUCUUGUCACGCCAUUUCAUAUGCGACCAAAUAACCCUGAGGCUAAUACUGCAGUAAAUUCUCAAUAUACCCAGUGCCCGCCUCGUCGCCGUUCACCUUGGAAUAGUACUGAGGCACGAAGGACGCGAAAUGUACAAUAAGAUUAAAAAUAUAUCUUGAGAACUCCGUGCAGUGUAGCGAAGUCUAGGGCUCGUGUGAUCCAUCCAGUACCAACAGCCGGUAGCACGUUCCAAGAAAGAAAAAGAAAAAAAAAGGAAAGAAAGAGGAUUAUUCGUUUACUGUGCGCCACCGAUCCCCCCGUGAAGCUUUCGCUCAGUAGAGAGGACAGUGGAGGCGAGCAUUUGCAGACCUCUAGCCUGAUUGGCGACCACAAGUGACCCGUAGAUUUAUUUACACUGCAGGUGAUGUGGAGUGGCUGUUUGCUGCAAAGCAAGUACUGCAUACCACGGCUACUCGCUCAAAAUAUACAAUAGUAAACACUCUACAAGAACCGCUGAGCAGCUACACAAGUGCGGGACUGUUGCAAUGCGAGUGUGUGGCACAGCUAAAUAGUGCACGUUCUGAAGACUAUGCCGAGUUGAAUUGUGAUCGUGUAGCGCAAUACCACAACGUGGACGCGAGAAAGAACGACAUGAGUGCCACGUGUCUGUCGUUCCAUCUAGUGUCCCGGUCUUUUGUGCUGCAAGGAACAAAAAAAAAAAAAAAAAAAAAAACUACGAGGGAGCGUACGCGAUUCCACCAGCCUCGGCAAGCCAACCUCCUCUGACGACGCCCACCCCACACUCCGGGGCCCACAGUUUAAGAAACUAUAAGCCAGGGCCCAUGUGUGCGGUGCCUCUUGGGAAGGUUGAAAGCCGGCCAAAUCUACCGAUUGCCUUUCACGUCACUAGGGCUUAUUUCUGCCACAAAUUUUUUGACUUGGCUUCAAGAUUGCCACGUGAUGCUCCCUCCUAGUCUUUUUACUUCCGCUAUGGUUGUAAUACUGGACACUAUAGGGCUGCCACUGGAAGCGCUGGAGCCGCUGUCAUUUUGAUGCAGUAAGUUGGACCACGUGACACCGCCUAGCAACGCUCGCACGACUUGUGACAGAGGAGGCACUGCUUGUGAGCAGUUUUCUCGCGUGAUUCAAGCGCCAUACUUUUGAAUUUUUGCCCAGGAGCUUUCGUCCCAAGCUCCGAAGCUCUUAGGUGUGCAGCCGAUACCCGAACGCGCACUUGUUUUGACCGGUUCGUGUAGUUGUAAAAAGAAAGAAAAAAAAAAAACACUGAGAUGAGCUAGAAAUAUAACUGCCUUAAGUUUUAUUUCACCUACUUUAACACAUUGUUGCAGCUCCAUGGUUCCUGUUUUAAUACUCGCCAUCCAAAAACAGAAAACUGCACUGAAUCUAAUUUUCUGCGUGACUAUGUGCUGAGAAACGUCAAUAAUGCACGAUUUCCCGCCGCAAUAUUUUGGGAGUGAUCAAUUUGCGACUAAGAAUUAAAUAGGAAAACACUGGAAGCUUACGCAACAAAUUUGACUAUGCAGGUAUGAAACCUAUAAAAUUAAGAGGCAAAUAUAUCGUGCCCUGAGCGAAGCAAAGUAACGAAUCAGCGAAGACUCUACUGGCAAUAUGCACUUGAAUGUUGAGUGGAUACUUUAUCAUGCUAGCUAAACGCUGAACCAAAUACGUUGCGAUACUGCCCGCAAGUACUUGCCACAGCGACAGUUGCGUGAUUCCUUCCUGUACGGUACAAAACUAAAAUAGCUCAAACAAAUUCUCAAGCUUGAAAUCGGCGAGGGAAAUGAUUACACCAAAUAAAGGAUGAGUGCUGUGGUAUGAACAAAUCACUCGUUCCGCGUCUUUCGAUCUUCUCGCACUGCCGUCGUUUUCUGUGAAGAUUUGAAGUAUCAAGCUAUUCCCGCAUUUUAAUUUGUCAUUGUUGUAGGUGAAGUUGAGUAGAAAAGCCACCGGAUCGCUCAGCGAACGCUCGCAUUCUGGAGAAAAACAUAGCACGUCUUCCAUCAGUUCCCGCUUGCAGCAGUUUGAUAUGAAAGCGCAAAACGAAGAUUAACCGCAAGAUUCGAUCACAGCGUGUAAAAGAACAUAAUCAAACACUUCCUCCCGUAUGAACAAUCUAUAACAGGCCGCGAUUCCGCGCCCGUACGUUGCCAAGCGAUGCUGCGGACGCCGCUGUAGCAGACACUCCACACGUGAUCCAACCUACUACGUCACUUGGGCGCUGACGGUAGCACCCUGUUAGAGUUACCGUACAUGCUCCCAUAGCAUGUACAGUAACUCUCAGGGGCGUAGCCAGG